CCCUCCUCCACUCCCGGACACACUAAUUUAGCACCUGGCACUACUUUCUCAGCCCUGUCGCGCUUUCAUUCUUUUGCAUCUCAGAUUUCGCAACUCAUUUAUAAUGACCUCUUCCAUCUCGUCCACGAUGUACUGAAAGUCUACUCUGUACACGUCUUCAUGUCGCGACCCCACACCUCGUUCCUCCCUCCACACCCCCCAUGGAAGUGCGCAAUGCGGGCGCUCCAUUAAAGGCUGAAUCGUCGCCAGACUCGCAAUCUCCUUCGCACUCCCAAUCGCCAGACUCGCAGUCUCCAUUGCAAGCUCCGUCCCACAACCAACGGCCCUCGUCCGAGCCUGCUCCACCUCGAAAGCGCGUCCGCCGCUGGCACCAUCGCGGAUUCAAGGGUUGCUCGACGUGUCGCCGUCGCCAUGUACGCUGCGACGAGGCGUCGCCAACCUGCAACAACUGCACGCGCCUGGGGCUCCAGUGCGAUGGCACGCAAGGUCGUAUGACAUUCAAGGUCUAUGGGCCAUCCCAGGCGCAGGAUGCGGGUCAAGCGCCUAGGAAGCAGAAGAAGGGCAGCCGCAGCCCAGAGUCAUUGGGCGAGUCGUACAUCACAAGUACUUUCUCUGUGAAACUCAAAGACGCAAAGGCGGAGGAUUGCGAGGCCCUGAUCGUGUCACCGACGACCGUGUCGCAGUGGUCGGGCCAGACUCAGUUCCGUUUCCAGCAACCCGUGUUCCAACCGAACAUCCGAUCAUUGACCAUACAGUGUACCGACGAGCACUACUUUUCGCAUUUUGUCAACCAGGUGUCGACCUUGUUGAUCAUCUACGACACCCAUAUCAAUAUCAAUCCCUAUCGCAGUUACUUCCCGGAUUUAGCGCGCUCGUCUCCCUCGAUGAUUGGCGCGAUGCAGGCAUUGGGUGCACUGCAUCUGGCAAACACCUCGGUCGGCGCGGAUCGUAAUAAACAUUUUCAGCAGGCAAUGGGGAAGUAUGGGCAGGUUGUAAAGAUGUUUCGAGAUCGGUACGCUCUUCCUGGUGGACAGCUUGGGAUGAGGGACUUUGCGACCUGUUUACUGCUCUGUCUAUUUGAGAUGAUGGACUCACAGCACCAGAAUUGGGACGUCCACCUCAAGGGCGCGCGCGAAAUCUACAACUUCCUCUUCUUCCCGCAUACCGGCAAUGCUGCUCGCGAAGCACAACGUCUCGUCGAGAUCAGACAUCCUCUCCGAUCAUUCCUCGUCUCCUUGCUCUCGUAUCUGGAUGUGGCUGGUGCAUGUGCGAGAUCAGGUGGCACGGUGGUAACCGGAAGUUACUGGAAGACCCAUGGAGGAGGAUGGGAGUAUAACCUCGGGAUGCCGAGUCUAUCUACCUCGCCUCUUCAGGAUGAUCCACGGUUGCUAGAGUUGCGACAAGCGUGGUCCAGCAUGAUGGAGGUCCAAGCUGCGAUUAGCACGUUUGCUCGCGAUAAAGAGUGGAUGUCCCCGGAUCACCAGGAUAUGGUGUACAAGAAUAUUUUCCACGAGCUGGUAACUUGGCGCGCCAGCACGCCGAUUAGCCUACAGUUACUUGGGGAUAUGGACUUGGAUGAUGACACUUUGCGAGGAUUCCCGUAUCCCGAUAUGUUGGAAUACGUCGGGUGCGUGGAGGCCUAUGAAAAGGCGACCUUCGUUCAUCUGCAUCAGAUAGCUGGGGCGGGUCGACCAAACUGGAUCACCGACCGAGCGUACCUGGACAUGCUCAUUACGCGCAUUCUUACCCUCAUCCGCAAGCUAUCCAAAGACGUGGGUCAGCUGGCCGUCUUGUGGCCUCUUUUCAUCGCCGGACAGGAAACCCGCAAGCAAGAGGAGCAGCAAUACGUUCAGCAAACCAUGCACGAGCUUAAACGGUUCGGCUUUAGAAAUGUCGACAAAGCGCUGGAGCUCCUCGAAGGUGUGUGGUUUAAACGGCGCGCGUUUCCGGAAGGCUGGACGGAAACGUUGAAUGAGAUUCAGACCAAUAUUCUCUUGCCAUGAUGGGAGAAUCGUUGGCCCACAUUCUUGGCACUUCAAUCCUUCAACGAUAAUGCCCAGGGACACCUAUAGUGCGGCAUUGCCAUCGCAUUGCCGAGAGUCCUCCGAUCUCUCCUCACGACGCGCAUCCGCGUCGUGUAUCUCGAUACCCUCAUCCCCACUCUGCUGGACUACUGUUACUCCAGCAUGUUCAUACACACAACAUAUUUCAUGAUAGAACACGGACGAGCUUGACACGAACUUGGAACGAAAUGCUCAUACGUUUUGGAGUCGGGGUUUCAUUGUUUAUACAUACAUAGUUUCUGGACACACAUUAUCUUUCUCGGAUAUACCAUUGUGAAUAGUUAAUGGUCUCAUGAAUGUUUCUUGAGCGAAUGUCAAUGUCGAAUUGCUGAAUUUCAGCUUCUAUUCCAUGAUGACUCUGCUUUUAUCCUCGUCUCGACCGAUACAUGACCGG